UCUGAAGUUGUAUCAGCUCGUCUCUAUGCUACUGACUAUAACCGUAAUGGCAUCGGUGUUGUAUGGUUUGACGAGAAAUCUAAAUAAUCCUAGUUUCGUUAUAAAAUCAGCUUUACCUUUGUUCCCUUGCGGUCACGUUGUCUGGAACAUUUUAAGUCACGCAAUUAUUUAUCAACGCUUACAAUGCAUUACUUUCGAGAUGGAGAAUUUUUACGUACUGUUGGAGCCUCAUGAGGAAGCGAUUAUUCAACGAAAAUACAUCGAUAAGUAUACCAGCUUUUACGGUUUUUGCAUAGCUUCAUACUAUAUGACUCCUGUCGUUCUCAUUAUGGGACCUAUUGUGUUGGACCAGCCGCUCCCAGUACUUGCCGAUUUUCCGUUCGACGUAUCUCGUCAACCGCUGCGAACUAUUACAUACAUGCAUCAAAUUGUCGUCGGCAUGUUUAUAGCAGCACAAUUGUCAGCAAACGCUUUCAUGGCGUUGUUACUCUGGUUGGCAUCAGCAAGGUUUAAAUUGUUAAGCGAGGAUAUACGGGCAGCCACGAAUAUCUAUGAUUUUGUAAAGUGCAUCAAUAAACAUCAAUAUUUACUUAAAUACGCAUCGGAAGUUGCUCUUAUAGUUCGUCCUUAUGCAUUGGGUACAGUGCUUUUCAGUACUGUAUCGAUGGUAGUGUUCAGCCUUAUUUUUAUUACAGGAGCAUCAUUGCCAUUGAAAAUUCAAUUUGUAUUCUUAGCCUUCAGCGCAUUAUCGGAAGUAUUUAUGUAUGCGUGGCCUGCCGAACACUUAAUACAUGCGAGCAACGAUGUAGCACAAGCAGCAUUUGAAACGGAAUGGUACAAUGAAUCAAAUAAUCUCCGGAAAAACUUACAAAUGGUUAUACUAAGAGGCCAGAAAUCAGUAGUUAUUGCAUUACCAUGCGGUUUGCCUACGUUAUCCUUACGUUACUAUGCGUCGUAUUUAUCAACUAUAUUCUCCUACUUUACAACGAUGCGAAUAAUGCUCGAAGAGAAAAGCAAUGAAAUAUAA